CUUGGCACUCGAACGGCACGCAGCGCACAGCUACGGCGCACAGAGCUAUGCACGCACAGCAGGACACACGGGAGCAGUCCUCGGAGGAGACGGCGCUCUGGACAGCGCUGCAGGGGCGGCCAGGCAGCCACGGCAAUGGCCGUCACUCGUUUAGCGCCUCGGCAACAUCCACGAUGACCAUGCCACAGAACAUCUUCACAAAUCCAGCCAUACAGCCCUCCAGUGUGAUCAAUCUGUCCAACUCCACAGAUGUGGUCAUUGGACCGAUGACCCAGUACCAAGGACCGGUCAGCAUAUAUUAUAUGGAUGCCAGCAUGCAGACAGCUGCAGGAAUCAGCAGCAACAGUCGCAACAGCAGCAACAACAGCUCGACCAGCAGCGAGGGGCCUGCACCGAAGCGUAGGCGUGGCAGCUCGAAGGCUCGCCGCUUCACACGCAACUCCAUACUGCUGAGCCUGCUCGUCGUCCUGGUGGUGGCCAUGGCCCUUGUCAUCGUGUUCUUGGAGCUGAGCCGCACGCGCAACGAGUCGGGCCAGAAGUCGAUCUACUUUGGCAACACGUUCGAGGACGGCACGUUUCCGAAUUUAGGAAACGGUCAUCUGGUCAUCGAGCGUGUGCAGUGGGGCGCCUCCGAUCGCAGCAAGCCGCUGAAGAUACCGCUUGAGCACCCCAUUCCCUACGUGCUGAUCACGCACGUGGGCGUCCAGUCCAUACCCUGCGUCAAUCUCUACAAGUGCUCCAUCAAAAUGCGCACCAUACAGGACUCGGCGAUAGCGGAGAAGAGCCUGCCGGAUAUCCAGUCCAACUUUUACGUCUCCGAUGAGGGCAACAUAUAUGUGGGUCGCGGCUGGGACUGGGCCAACACGUAUGCGAAUCACACACUCGCCAUCACAUUUAUGGGCGACUAUGGCCGCUAUGUGCCCACACCCAAGCAGCUGGAGGGCGUGCAGUUCCUGCUGGCCCAUGCCGUGGCCAAUCGCAAAGUGGAUUUAGACUACAAGCUGGUCGCACAAAAUCAGACCAAAGUGACGAAGAGUCCGGGCGUGAAUGUCUACCGUGAGAUUAGCAAAUGGCCGCACUUCUACGGCUGCGGCAUGGAGCAGGCGCCCAAGUGCGGCAGCGAGCUGGGCAUGACAAGUGCCGCCUGGAAUGGUGGCCAAUAACUCUGUAGACUUUAAGUGAACAGUUAGCUUUAAGAAACACGCGCACACACACAGACAUUCGCAUACACAUUGUUGCAUACAAGUAAACCAAAUGAUACUUUAAACAAAAA